CGGGUUUGUGGUUACCAUAGCAACAGGACGCCUCUCUUCUGUAGACUCCGUCCGUUCGUCGUUUUGAGUCGCAGGAGUUUUCAAUCUGAGGGGGAAAAUCAACAUAAAUUACCAGAACGAGCACGUCAAACCAGGUCGACAUGCCGCUGCACGUGACCGACUACACGUGGACCCAAACGGACUCCGCGGUCCACAUCACCGUGCCGCUGAAGGGGGCCAAACCGGGCCAAGUGGACAUCGUCUCAACGGACGAGUACCUGAAGGUUAAUUUCCCACCUUUUCUGUUUGAGGCCUUCCUGUUUGAACCCGUUGACGAUGACAGGAGCACAGCAAAGGUUGGAAACGGAGUCGCAGUAUUCAGUUUGCCUAAGAAAACCAGCAGACUGUGGGACAAUUUGGUGCUAAGCACAAAUGAUAAAGCAAAAAAGAAGGAGAUCAGAGAAAAAGCUCUGGAGAAACAUCAGCAGAAGCUUUCCUCACAGUCCAAACAAAAAGCGGAGAAACAGCAAGCAGAGAAAAAAUACGCUCUGAAAACAAUGAUGAAGCUUGAAAAAGAGGGAAGAGACAGAAUCCAACAGAUGAAGGAUGCAGAGCGGGAGAAAACCACCACGGAGCUGGCAGCAUGGCAGCUGAGGCAGAAGCAGGAAGCAGAGGCAGAAAACCAGCCCAGAGGCAUCCGCCCGCCCCCCCAGGGAGGCAGAGCAGGGAGCAGGGAAGAGGGACGGACCCCCGUCAAACGGGGUCAGAUAAAACAGGCCCAGCCUCCUCCUCCGAGGCCCGGCGGGAACAUCCAGAUCUCGUUCACCCCCCGAGUCUUCCCUACAGCCCUGAGGGAGUCCCGCCUGCCUGAGGAGGAGGAGUGGCUCAGAAAGCAGGCGGAGGCGAGGCGAUCCGUUAUUUCUGCUGCAGAGGAGCUGCAGGACCUGCGGGAGGAGGAGAGGAACCCCGACUGGCUGAAGGACAAAGGAGAGUGCUUUGGGACGGGGGACUUCCAGGGGGCGGUGAACGCCUACAGUUUGGCCUUAAGACUCAACCCACAGCUCCCAGCUCUGUUCUCCAACAGGGCCGCCUGCCACCUAAAGCUCAGGAACCUCCACAAAGCCAUCCAGGACGCCUCCAAGGCUCUGGAGCUGCUGACCCCGGCGGUUCCCGCUAACGCGGCGGCCCGAGCCCGCGCCGCCGUGCGCCGAGGGUCGGCCUUCUGUGAGCUGCAGCUCUACGCCGAAGGGCUUCUCGACUAUGAAGCGGCUCUGAGGAUCGACCCCCAAAACGAGGCUCUGCGGGCCGACGCCCAGCGAAUCAGAGCCAUCAUCCAGGGCUCAGCGGCCAAUCAGGACGCAGAGAGAGGCGGAAGUUAG